AUGGGGGAAGGGAAGGACGGUCGCGGCGCGAACCUGAAAGACUGUAGCCGAGUGGCGUCGACGACGAAGACAUGGCGUAUUUCGUGCACCGUCUUAUUGUUCUUGCUCGUUUUCCUUCUCUCUGCAGUCUUCAUAUCCUGGAUGGACAAUUCUACUUCAGGUCUUUUGAUUCUCAAGACUACUAUAACGGGAAGCCGUGAAGAUUCCUCCCGGAAUUUCACGUACCCGCUCAACUGCAGCGCCACCGCCAGCAUGCCGCAGACAUGCCCGGGGAAUUAUCCUACAAAACAUCAGACCGAGAACUCAUACGCCGAGGCAUGUCCGGAGUACUUUCGGUGGAUCCACGAGGAUCUUCGGCCCUGGAAGGGUGCGGGAAUCACGAGGGAAAUUCUUGAAAGCAGCAAAGAGCACGCGCACUUCAGAUUGGUGAUCCUUAACGGAAAGGCCUAUGUAGAGAAGUACAGGAACUCGUUCCAGACGAGGGACGUGUUCACGAUUUGGGGGAUCUUGCAGCUCCUAAGGUUGUACCCCGGUAAGGUGCCGGAUUUAGAGCUCAUGUUCAAUUGCGCAGACUAUCCAGUGAUCCCGAAACGAGACUACGAAGGCUCAAAAGCUGCGACCGUCCCGCCAUUAUUUCACUAUUGCGGACUCAAUACGACCAUGGACAUCAUAUUUCCAGAUUGGUCCUUCUGGGGCUGGCCUGAAGUAAACAUAAGGCCAUGGGAAGGCACUUUAGGAGCCAUAGAAGAGAAAGCAGGGAAGACUAGAUGGAAGGACAAAGUGCCCUUCGCUUACUGGAAAGGCAACCCUGUGGUGGCCCAAACCAGGCUUGAUCUCAUGAAAUGCAAUGGCACUACUGAAAUUGAUUGGAAAGCUCGCUUGUAUACCCAGGAUUGGCGUCAAGCGACGGCAGAGGGAUUCAAGGACUCGAAUCUAGAAGAUCAAUGCACCCACAGGUACAAGAUUUACGUAGAAGGAAGUGCUUGGUCCGUGAGCGAGAAGUACAUUUUGGCAUGCGAUGCCGUGACGCUGAUGAUAACUCCAGAGUACUAUGACCACUUCACGAGAGGGAUGGUACCGAUGGAGCAUUACUGGCCGAUUAGGCCAGAUCAGAAGUGCAGAGAUAUCAAGUUCGCCGUCGAAUGGGGAAACAAUCACACCGAGGAGGCGCAGAGGAUCGGCGAGAGCGGGAGCAGAUUUAUCUCCGAGAGUCUUAAAAUGAAGUACGUAUACGACUUCAUGUUUCAUCUGCUCAACGAGUAUGCAAAGCUCCUGAAGUUUGACGUCGAAGUCCCCCCGGGAGCGGUCGAGCUGUGCUCGGAACUGAUGGCGUGCCCGGCCGGUGGGUUGAUCAGGAAGUUCAUGACUGAAUCGGUGGUGGAGUCCCCUAGCAACACCCUCCCAUGCUCGCUGCCGCCACCUUAUGAAGCCCUGGAGCUCAAAGCUUUCAUGGAGCGAAAAGAGAGUGUCACUAGGCAAGUGGAGAAGUGGGAGUCUGAGUUCUGGCAGAAUCUUGAGAAGAAACCGCAGACGUGA